UCUUGUUUGUUUCGCAGCAAGAAAUCCAGCAGGCCUACACUCAGCUCUCAGUGAGUCAGAGCUAUCAGUCUGUACCAGGCCUGUACACGUCUUUAUUGGAGGGGAAAUGAAAAAGUAAUAAUUUCUGGUUCUUAAUGCAGCAGUUGGUCUUCAGUUGAAUGAGUGAUGUUCACAGUAGAGCACACCAUGGCGACUGCAGCAUCAGAUGAUCUGUAUCCUCUGAAGCGCUCGAGUAGCUGUGAGUGGCUGCCACCUAACAUGUCUGAGCUGAGGGUUGUUCUGCUGGGGAACAGCUGGUCUGAGAGGAGUUCAGUGGGGAACUUGAUACUGGGAGAGACUGUGUUCAAAACUGAGGAAGAACCAGACUGCUGUCAGAGAGUCAGAGGACAGUUGGAGGAGAAAAGAAUAGUUCUGAUCAACACUCCCGAUCUGCUGCACCCCAACAUCUCUGAAGAAAAACUGACAGAACAUGUAGAAAACUGUGUGAGACUUUCUGAUCCUGGCCCUCAUGUGUUCCUGCUGGUUCUACAGCCUGAAGACUUCACUGAGAAACACAAAGUGAAGCUCUGCAGAAUCCUUGAAAAGUUUAGUGACGGAUCAUUUAAUCAUUCAUUGGAUCUGAUAUCAACACCCAGAAUAGAGAGAUCAGGUUUAAUGGAAACAUACAUGGAACACCCUCCAUUAAAAGACAUGAUCAGAAAAUGUAGAUACAGAUACUUGAAGCUGAAGGGUCUUGAACCUCCAGAGCUGUUAACACGCUUGGGUCAAACUGUGAAGGAGAACAAUGGAGAGCAUGUGAGCUGUGAUGUAUUUAAGGACACAACAUCUACUUUACCAGGUGAUCAUCAAAGUCCAAAACAAAAGGAAACACAAACUCCCAUCACAGAUGCUGUUAAAGCUGCUGGGCUGCAACUGGUUAACAAAAUCACUGCGCAAUUAUCACUCUCAGAGAAAACCCCUGUGGCUCACACAUCAGCAUUCAGGAUUGUGCUUCUGGGAAAAAGUGAGGACAAACAGAAAAAGCUUUGUAACUUCAUCUUUAGGGACAAAGGUUUUCCUUACCAAAGAAUGUCCCAAAUCAAGCAAAGUGUGGCCACCUUUGGAGAUUGGAGAGGGAGACCAUUAACAUUAGUGAAAACUCCAGACAUGUUCGGUCUGUCUGAGGAGAACGUGAGAAGAGAGGUUAUGAGGUGUGUGACUCUUUGUCCUCCUGGACCAAAUGUCCUCCUGCUGUUAGUGAAACCAUCUGAUUUCACUGAGAAGAAUAGACAAACACUGAAGUUCAUCCUGAGUUUGUUUGGUCAAGAUGCCUUUAAGUACUCAAUGAUCAUCAUGACACAUGAGGGGGAUGAAAUGAGUGUAUGUGUUAAUGAACUCCUUAAAGACUGUGGAGGAAGACACUACAGCAUGUCUGAAGAUGACCACAGAUCAUUGUUGCAGAAGAUUGAGAAGAUUGUGCAUGAAAACAAAGGAACCUUCCUCACCUUCACUGAAGAGAUCAUCAGACCAACAUCUGGACACAUCAGACCAGCUUUAAACCUGGUUCUGUGUGGGAGGAGAGGAGCAGGGAAGACUUCAGCAGCCAAGGCCAUUUUAGGACAGACAGAGCUCCAUUCAGUCUCCAACCCAUCAGAGUGUGUUAAACAUCAGGGAGAGGUGUGUGGACGUCGGGUGUCCCUGGUGGAGCUGCCUGCCUUGUAUGGAGAACGUCAGGAGGCAGUGAUGGAGGAAUCAUUCAGGUGUAUCUCCCUCUGUGAUCCUGAGGGUGUCCAUGCCUUCAUCCUGGUCCUACCUGUGGGUCCCCUCACUGAUGAAGACAAAGGAGAGUUACAGACCAUCCAGAACACUUUCAGUUCUCGAGUCAAUCACUUCACCAUGAUUCUGUUCACUGUGGAGUCAGAUCCUACAGCUCCAGAUGUUGUUAAGUUUCUUAAGGAAAACAAGGACAUCCAGGAGCUCCGUCAGAGCUGUGGAGGAAGAUAUGUUGUUCUCAACAUCGAGGGCCAGCAGCAGAUCCCAGAGCUGUUGGAUGCUGUGGAAAAGACGAUGAAAUCUCAAAACAAACCAAAUGUCUAUACAGCUGAAACCUUUGCACAUGUACAAAUGGAAAAGAUCAUACAACAACACCAUGAACUUGAAAGGCUGAAGAGCAAGAUCACUUGUGAUGAUGAGAAGCAGAGCCCAGAGUGUCUCAGGAUUGUGCUGAUAGGGAAGACCGGCUGUGGAAAGAGCUCUUCAGGAAACACCAUUCUAGGAAGUAAAGAGUUCAGAGCUGCAUCAACCCAAAGAUCAGUCACCAAAGAGUGUCAGAAAAUUCAUCCAUUUCUUUUCACAAGAGGAGAUUCAUUGGAAAAUGAGGAGCAGUCCAAUGAACAAUACAUUGAAAUGGGAUGUGAUGCUUCCUUUAAGAAACUGAUCGCUGACUGUGGAGGAAGAUACCAUGUGUUCAAUAACUAUGAUAAACAAAACCGGACACAAGUCAGUGAGCUGAUAACCAAGAUUGACACCAUGGUGAAGGAAAAUGGAGGCAGCUGCUACAGCAACGAGAUGCUGCAAGAGGCCGAGGCAGCUAUACAGAAAGAAGUGGAGAAGAUCCUGAAGGAGAAGGAAGAAGAGAUGCAGAGAGAGAGGGAGGAACUGGGAAGAAAACAUAAGGAAGAAAUGGAAGCAGUGAAAAGAAAAAUGGAAGAACAGAGAGCAGAAAUUGUAAAGGAGAGAAAACUGAGAGAAAAAGAACUUGAUGAAAAGGAGCAAAACAUUAAGAAGGAACAUGAGGAGAGAAAGAAAGAACAGAAGAUGAGAGAAGAAGAAGACAGGAAGAGAAAACAAGAGGAAGAAAAUCAACGACAGAAGUGGCAACAGAAAGUUGAAGCUUUGGAGCAAAAAAUAAGAUCAGAAUCAGAAUCUAAGGAAACCAUUGACAAAAAGCUGGAGGAGACCAGAGAAGAGAUGAGAAAAGAACGAGAGAACUGGGAGAAGGAAAGAAAAGAAGAGUGGGAAAAACGAGAAAAAGAAGAUAAACAGAAACAACAGGAGGAGCAAACAAGAUUUAGAAAGCUUCAAGAAGAAUUCGAACAGGAAAGAGAAAAAUAUGAAAAGAAAAGAGAAGAAGAGGACAGAAUUAGAAGAGAGGAAGAGGAAAAAGAGAGAAAAGACAUUGAAGAGAACUAUAAGAAAGAAAUGGAAAAUCUCAAGAAGACACAUGAAGAAGGAGCCAGAAAGAAAGCUGAAGAGUUCAAUGAGUUCAAAGAAGAAAAAAAAAAAGAGUUUGCAGCUCAGAAGCAAAUGCAUGAGAAACAAAUGAAAGAGAAAGACCAGCAAUAUGACAUCUUAAAGGCACUUUCAGUCCACAAAGAAAAAGAAUUAAAGAAGAAACAAAAAGAACAAAUAAAGAAAAAACAGGGCGAAAUUUAUGACUUCCUGAAAAAUGUGACCAAAAAGAUAGAAGGUCUGUCAGAAAUUAAUAAGUUAAUGAAAAAACAUGAAAAAGAAAUGGAACAGGAGAAAAAUGAGGAUGUAAAGAAGAGUAUGCGGCAACAACAUGAAAAAGAAAUUAUUGACUUGAUACCAACAUUUUGGAAAAAAGAAGACAAAGAAGACGCAUCAUGGUGGACGCGUUUCACAUUCUAUUGGUUCUGAAAACUGAAACUCUAAAAAUGCAGAGCCUUUAUUUUGUAAUAUGUUGCAAUGACCUACACUGUAAUUCGUACCAAUGGGACUUGCAUAAAUUCUCAUUGGCUCUCAGGUGUCUAAUCAGCAGCCUGUAUAAUAUUUAACGGCAGCUUUGUAAGCAGUUAUCUGACUGUUAAAACUAAAGCCUAGUGCACAAAACAAGACUUUGUAAAUCUCAGCAUUGUACAGCUCAGACCCGGCCUGUGAUUAUCUUGAUGUGGAGCUGACCACAAAACUGAUUUCAGACAAUUAUUUACUGAUUACAAUUUUAUUUUGAAUUAGAUGCUUGAUUGUAAUAUUACAAGUUUAUGAAAAAUAAAUUUUCUCUGGUGGUAUUGUGACUCAUUGUUUUGGAAUCAAGAUUACUACAAAAUAUUUCUUUUCUGAAACGGUUGUCUUUCUAAUUCCCUCUCCACGUAAUAGGAUAGCGCUACAACCAGGCAGAGCAACAAAGAAAGUAGCAAAGCUAGUUGACAUAUUAAACUUUUGACGUAGGCCUGUCCGGUCGGAAAAACUCCGAACACAUCUUCCUUUUUUAAGAAUGAUUUCAGUGCCGUUCUUUGUUCUUUUCUCAAAGAAAAGCUUAACUCCAAGUCUUCCAGAAGACCGCUGUUCCCAGCAGCAGCAGCAGCAGCCAUAAGCCCCGCCCACCGACUAGAGUUUGGUUUUUCCAGCUCACAAGCCAACGGAGAGUGCCUAGACCUAGGGUGCGUCUAAAUUUCUAGGCUAAAAUAUUACAGCAAAUAUUAAACAAACAAUAUAAUUUAAACUGCUUAUCAGAUAAAUAAACUUGAAUGAUUAUAUCUGUCCUUGUUUUGUUACAUGUCAAAUAAAAAUGGUUAUAACUGAUACACCAAUUUAAGACUCAUGUUAUGUAUUUUAUAUUUUUUUCAUUCUAAACGAUAAAUAAAGUGUUUAUCCUGUAGUUCAGUGUGGACUGUUGGUAAUUCUGAAGUCAAACCAGAAAAACUAAAAUCUAUUUAUUUAUUUAUGUAUAUCAUUGAUCUUAGGAGACUAAUGUUACUGGGGAUACUGUAUAAAAAGUGUGGGCCUAUCAUAGAUGUUAUGGUGUACUUGACCCAGAGAGUCCAAGUCAAGUCUCAGUCUCAAGUCUGCUGCAGCAGCUUACAGAAAAACGUCAUCACAAAACAUAGGCUAUAAAAUGCAUUACAGUUAAAGUUAAAACAUAAAUCACCAAUUUUAGAGACAGGUCUUCAUAUUAUCACCUGUAACCAGAGGGUGUCUAUGAAUCCCCACUGUGGUUGUGAAGGUGACUGAGACUGAGUUUGCUCUGUAAAACAUUUUGGUGUGUGAAUAAGGAGGAAUACUCUAAUUUCUGCAUUGUAAUUCAUCUGCUUCUGCUGUUUGUGUUUCUGACAUUAGUGUGAUAUUUGCAGACAUGUGCUAGCUAGCGUCAGCUACCCAGCAGGUGGUGACAGACUGAACAAAGAAUGUUCACACUGUUCAGUUGAUUCACACAGCUUCAUUUCUUCUAAACAGAUAAUGCCUCAUUACAACAACAGGAAGGGGAGAGAUAUCUGAAUGUAUCAACAAAAACGCUGUCAAAACAUAUAACCUGUGUAAGCUUUACAAAACAUUUAACGUUUUAUUAAUUAUAUUGUUUAGUUCCCCUGGCGAAGGAGCCCAUCAGUUUAUUGAUUAAUUGAUCAUUUCAAACUGUGUUAGGUUGAAUAACCAAUGUAUUCUUAAAUAUCAGUAACUGUAUUGUAUGUGUCAUCCUGUGUGUUUUAAUAUAAUAUCUUAAAAUAUUUAGAGUGCUUGAUGCAACAAGAAGGCUCCCUGUCUAUAUCCUCAGGCUUUUCUUACACUCUGUGUUUCCUGUUCAAUGAGCUACAGCCUGAUUAUUGUCAUUGCAGUUUAAAUGCACAUCAUUUAUAACGACUAUUCCUGUUAUCAUUUAUAUCAUUCAGUAUCGUUAUUACACUCCGACCAUAGUAUAUACUGUUUUGUGCAGUAUUGUUCUGUAACUUCUACACCACCAAGGUCCAUGUUGCUGUACUGGAGUUUUUGAUCGAAUGAUCGUCCUCCUUAUACUUAUUUUUUAUUUUAACCUUUUUAAUCCUAUUUGAAUGUGUAUUUUUAUAUUGUCUUGUGAUCUUUUUGUAAUGUCUUUCUGUCUAAUGUAAAGCACCUUGUUGUUGAAAGGUGUACACUAAUAAAUGUAGCUUGACAUUCAUGACUUUGUAUGACAUAUGUAUGACACAUGUACGUGUAUGUGACAAUAAAGUACCUUUACCAGA